CCCGAAGCUAAACACAAGAUUUUAUCAACACGGUGAGAUACAAAUAAACUCUGCCAUUACUGCUACAGCAGAGUGUCCAGAUAGAGGCUAACUCGUCACAUUAAUUUAACAACUACUACAGGUGACUCAAAGUAGGAACGCGUGAUGAAUAACAUUUCUUUGUAACUACAUCAGCAGCAGAAAGUCGACACCUCACAAGAAUUUGCAGGACUUCCUUAAUCAUUGUGGAAAGACUGGAAACUACCGGAGCUGACAGCUGCUUUACACCCUCCCUCCUGCACUUUCUGACAUGGCGACUAAGCUCGUGUUGAAGUUUUUCCGUCCCCCUGUGCUCACACAGCUGGCGUCCCUGUCCCGGGGGAAGGCGGCGGCUGCAGCUGGGAUCAGGUGUUUCUCCAGUGACCCGCCACAGGAGAACAUCAGUCGCUAUCCAGUUCCUUACAAGAAAGACCUACCCUUUGAUAUAGUGGCGCUUAUGGAGGAAGUUGAGUCAAAGGGAGGCUUUUUGCCCAAUGUCUUCAAAGUCCUGUCUCACAGACCAGCAGAGUUCAGAGCCUUCUUCGCCUACUACAAUGAGCUCAUGAACAAGGAGACAGGGGGAUUGACCAAAGCCGACCGUGAGCUGAUUGUAGUGGCCACCAGUACCCACAACAAGUGUCUUUACUGUGUGAUCGCCCAUGGUGCAUUGCACCGCAUCUACUCGAAGAAACCCACUCUUUCCGAUCAGGUUGUCGUUAACUAUAAGAAUGCAGAGCUGUCACCACGGGAGCGCGCCAUGCUGGACUUUGCCAUGGCUGUGUGUCGCUCCGACACCAUCACAGAGCAACACUUGGAGUCUUUGGAGAAAGUGGGCUUUGACCGCGAGGAUGCGUGGGACAUCGCUGCCAUCGCUGCUUUCUUUGCCAUGUCCAACCGGCUCGCCCACCUCACUGACAUGAGGCCAAACGUAGAGUUUUAUAACAUGGGCCGUGUACCUCGGGACAAGAGCAAGGACAAAGGGAAAGAGAAAGGGGAGUAGUGUUACUGACAAGACAAUCAGAUGCCAUUGUUUAUUUUUGUCUCCCUCUCAUGUGAACAUGUGGUUUCUUAUUUAUGCUUAAAUGAGGUGCAAUAUCAGAACUAAAGGUGUCCAACCUGAGCUGCAAUUAAAUUGAACGCCAACACUAGGGAUGGGAAUUGAUAACAUUUGUCAAUCCUGUCAAUUGUUUCCAUUAUUGAUUCCCGAUACUAUUUCUGCCUGGGAAAAAAGUAAGCCCACACUGGUUAUCAGCAUCAGUGCAACAGUUUUAUUUUCUCUGACUUUGUACACAGUGUAAAAACAGUAGAAAAAGGCAUGUGACAGCCUGCCAUCGUCUAAAAUGGACUAAAUAAGAAAACAUUUGUACAGCAUACAUCGUCAAUUAGAUUUUCUGUCAAAGAAAAACCUGCUAAGCCUGCCUGUGUGGUGCUAACAGGAUAUUUACCCUCGGUAACAGACGUGGUGCUCAGCUGGGAAGCAGUGGCUCUUGUGCAAAGAGUGUCAGAUACAUGGCAUUUCUGGAAUUUAAGCCUGCGUUGCGUAGAGUUGUUUCCGCAUAUUGCUGGUGUUUCCAUCCUCAGCUGAAAUCAUCAUCUUAUGGACAAUACAAGCAGCACUGUUGAAAUGAAGCCACGUUAUGGAUCGUUUCCUAAUCACUGCCAUGAUUCCUUGUUUCAAGUUUCCAGCACUAUGAGUUUGACAUCAUUUUGCAAUGCACAUUAUCAGAAAAACAUGCCGUCUAUGAUGAAAGGAAUUAAUAAGCUCCAGCCCUUUUUACGCUGUCGGUUCAAAGCGGGAAUAUCACACCUUCAUGCUGCCUUGUGCUGUAUUUAAGGUACGUGGUAGGUGCCUUUAAUGUUCCACUGGAGAUAGUAACAAUGCCGAAACAGUGGCCGAAUAAACAGGACAGUCUGCGGGAUGGGAUCAUGGGUGGCAUGGGUCUAAUGUAAUGUUUAGACAACAUGUCAUGCGUGCAACCCAAUGUGGGAGAUUAAAAAAAAUAGCUGUUAGCAAUUAGCAGCUAACUCAGAGAAGAAGAACAGCGGCUGUAAAUUGGUGCGUUAAUGCCAUUGUUAUUGUGUCAAAAGUGCUGCCAACGCGCGUGUUACACACCACACCAGAGGCCAACGCUGCCUUGCCACACAUCAUGUUCGCCACACCGCUCCCAAUUCAGCAAAGAAUGAUGCCGCCGUUGUUUGAUUCUGUGUAAAAAUGCAAAGUAGGCAUAAAGACGGGACUGUGCGAUCUGUGUGUAAAAGGGCCUCUGAGGCAUAUACAAUUCUGAUGCAUUCACACAAUUUGGAAGCGGUUCUCAAUGCCCAUACCUAGAUAACACUGGAAUUAGUAAGUUUGUCCUGAGAUGAUAAUUUAGGUUCUAAAGUCGCUUGACUGAGCCAGGGUAGGCGUGUAGAACAACCAGAGACUGACAUGGGAAGGAAGUGAAAUAACUGACCUUAUUGAUAUUUUAGUACAGUGGUUCUCAACUGGUGGGUCGCGGUCCAAAAGUGGGUAGCAGGUCCAUUCUGAAUGGACUGCAAGUGACUCGCAAAUGUGUCAAGUCUGUAAAAAAACACUUUAUUUUGAAAUACAGUGAAUAUCUGGCGCAUAGCUUUUAUUUUGAAGUGCCAUUCCCUGCUGUAGAGUGAAUGAAUAACGGACAGUCACUUGGCAGUGACAGCAAACUAGCUCGACGACACGGCCAAACUCAAGUAUGAUGCUGAGACUAUUAAACAGUGGACCUUGAACUAAUGGCUACGGAGAAAUCUGGACCAGAUGGGAACCACUGUUUUAGUAAAUUCUUCAAAUCAAUCAAAAGUCUCCUACUGUAUCCAAAGUGUUUUUACUGGCACUCCAGUUUGAACAGAGCACUUAAAGCUCCCUCAGUUUUCUUUACAAUCCUUACAUGUGCAAAUGUUAAGUAUAUGUGACUCUGUCUUGCUCAUUUAGAUGACGAAGAAGCAUGAGAGAGGCAUUCUUGAGUUUGAUGUGCACCUUCCUGUGUGUUGAAGGGGCAGACAUGCUUCUGCUGGUGUAUGAUUUGUCAUUGUGUGUAACUGUAGUCAUUAUAUGUGCUGAUUUACCUUGUCAUUUAGAAUUUAAGGUGGCUCAAGUUGUUCACUGGACACUUGCCACAUGGUGGGGAAAAGUUACUCUUUUGCAGCUAGUUGUCCAUUUACAUAAAACUUAAUGGAACAAUGUCGCAGUUGUCUUUUAACUUCCUUGUUUAAAACCUAUGAAAAAUAAUCACAUGAAUCUCAAGCCAGCUCUUCAUUUCCCUGUUCUCCAGUUUAAUGUGCUCUGUGUUAUGAUGUGUGGCUCAAUGCACUGCUAGUGCGACGUCCAGGAAGAGUGUUAAAUUACAAGCAUUGUUCAUGCAGCAGUGAAAGCUUGUUAUAAAUAAACUGCUUCCUUCAGGCUUCCUUUUAUUUUCUAAAUAAACUGUUUUCUUGAACA